AUGUCUCAACCAAAGCAGCUACAUCUCACGGCGUUCAUGCGGCCUGUGAGUCUGCACACAGGUGCUUGGAGAAUGCCCGGAAGUUUCCCAGACGCAAACUUCAACCUAGCUCACCUGAAAUAUUUCAUCCAGAAACUCGAAGCCGCAAAGUUCGACGCCUUCUUCAUGGCCGACCACCUGGCAGUCCUCAACAUGCCAACAGAAGCUCUCAAACGAUCCCACACAACAACCUCGUUCGAACCAUUCACUCUCCUCUCCGCUCUCAGCCAAUGUACAUCCCGCAUCGGACUAGCAGCCACAGCCUCAACGACCUACGACUCCCCCUACCACGUCGCCCGCCGCUUCGCCUCGCUAGACCACAUCAGCGAAGGUCGAGCAGCGUGGAACAUCGUCACGACCGGCAACCCAGAGUCGAGCAAGAACUUCGGCGAGGAAGAACACAUGCAGCACGGCGAUCGCUAUAAGCGCGCACGGGAGUUCUACGACGUUGUGACUGGUUUGUGGGACUCGUUUGCCGAUGACGCGUUUGUGAGGGAUGCGGAGAGUGGCAUGUAUCUUGAUCCGGAGAAGAUGCAUGUUCUGGACCAUAAGGGCGAUGAGUUGAAUGUGAGAGGUCCGUUGAAUAUUGCACGACCUGUGCAGGGUUGGCCUGUUAUCGUCCAGGCUGGACAGAGUGAACCUGGCAAGCAACUUGCUGCUGAGACGGCGGAGGCGGUAUUCUGUGUGCCGAAAGAUCUCGAGGGCGCAAAGGUGCUUUAUGCUGAUAUCAAGGCAAGAGUCAAAGCAGCGGGGAGGAAUCCGGACCAUUUGAAGCUUCUUCCUGCGGCGAUGAUCAUUAUUGGUGAUUCUGUUGAAGAGGCACAAGCGAGACGACUUAAGCUGGAUAGUUUGGUGCACUAUGAUAGUGCUAUUGCUUCGUUGUCGAUAAAUUUGGGAACAGACGCAUCGAAGUUGAACCCGGAUGGACCACUUCCGGAUGAUCUUCCUGCCACGAAUGCCAGUCACACCGCGAGACAAUCUGUUGAGAAGCUCGCGAAGGAAGAGGGCUUGACAGUUCGACAAUUGGCACAGCGGCUUGGUGGAUACUCAGGCCUUGCAUUUGUCGGUACUCCGGAGUCCAUUGCGGAUGAUUUUGAACAGUGGCUAAAAGAAGGAGCAUGUGAUGGCUUCACGAUCACGAUGCCAUACCUCCCUCAAGGGCUGGAGGAUAUCACAGAUCGACUUGUGCCGGAGCUACAGCGAAGAGGACUGUUCCGGAAAGAGUACGAAGGAACGACAUUAAGGGACCACCUUGGAUUGCCCAGGCCGAGAAAUCAGUUCUUCUCAUGAGACACUGGCAAUCACUACGAUUGAGAAUGUGUCCAUAGGGUGAUCAAAAAAACCAUUAUCAUUC